CCAGCCAGCCACCCACCCACCCGAUGGCCAUGCGGCCCCGCAGCCCCGGCGCCGACCCUGCGCCCUGCUGCGCGCCGCAGCAGCACGGGGGACCCGGCCCAGCCAAGCGUCGCCGCCUGGAGGACCACGCUGGACCCGAGACCCGCGCAGCGCCCCUCCUCCAAGACCCCGCGGAUCCGCCCGGCACGCCAGCGCCCACGCCCACCUCCACCUGCGUCUCCGUGCUGCUCCUGGGCGCGCGCUGCGCCCUGCAGCUGCCCCUGCAAGACGGCGGCCAGCUGCUGCUGGAGCCCGCGCCCGACUCCGUCCUGCAAGUGACCCUGCAAGACCACAGCCUCCUCCUGUGCUCCACCCACCGAGGCUCCGCAGGGCAGAGCCACUCUCUUGAAGGCCUGGACGCGCCGGGAGCCCACCUGGGCCCUGCCCUGGGGAACCACGUCGUCGUCGUCGUCGUCUUCGUGGAGCAGCGGGGAUUCUGCGCCUCUGUCCCAGAGACCCCGGAGAUGGCCGGCCACGAGGAGGCCCAAGCCCAUGAGGACGCGCACCCGGUGUUCCUGGCGCCCUACCCGGACCCUGCAGCCGGCUUCACUGCUGGGCUCCCGCUCUGGCCCGCAGCAGUGCCGAGCCACCACCCCCCGGGCCCGGUCCCACAGCCCUGGCCUCUGCCGCCCGCCAGUCCUUUCGCCGGGGGCUCUCCCGGCCUCGUCUUCGACCAGGACGACUUCCAUCUGCCCAGGCCCUUCCCCACCUCGCCGCUCCAACCUCUGCCUCCCUUUCCGACUCCCUGGCCCCACGAGCGCCCG